AUGCAACGAAAACAAAAUGUUGCACAACGUCACACAUCAUCUUCAAGAGUAACAACAAUAAUAAUAACAACAGCAACGGUCGCAUCGACAACAAUAGAAUCAGCAACAACAGACACAUUGCCAUUAACAUCAACAUCAACGACAACAGAAUCGACAACAAUCACAUCGACAAUAACAUCAACAACAGUCACAUCGACAACAGUAACCAACACUCCGCAAUCAAGAUGGCUUAAUACGAGUAAUAUGAAUGACGGACGGCAUAAGCAUACAGCAUCCUUGUUAAAAAAUGGAAAGGUAUUAGUUGCUGGUGGCAAUGGGGAACAUGUCCUUAAUAGUACUGAGCUUUAUGAUCCAUCCACGGAAAUGUGGACAAUUACUGAUAGCAUGAAUAAUUCACGAUAUGCACACACAGCAUCUGUAUUAGCAGAUGGAAAAGUAUUAGUUACUGGCGGAUACGAUGGUAAUGCAUAUUUGAACACUGCCGAGCUGUAUGAUCCAUUAACAGAAACUUGGACAGUUACUAGUAGCAUGCAUGAUGCACGAAGUUUUCAUGCAGCAAAUGUAUUAACAGAUGGAAAAGAAUUAGUUACGGGUGGAUAUAGUGGCAAGACUAUUUUAGAUAGUACUGAGUUGUAUAAUCUAUCUACUGGAAUGUGGACAGUCACUGGUAGUAUGAAGCAAGCACGAGAUGGGCACACAGCAUCCCUAUUAGCCGAUGGAAAAGUAUUAGUUAUCGGGGGUUUUGGCAACGGUAAUCCUCUAAAUACUGCUGAGUUAUAUGACCCAUCCACAGAAACUUGGAGUACUAGGUCUAACAUGCAUUAUGAACGACAAUAUCACACAGCAUCCGUAUUAACAAAUGGAAAAGUUUUAGUUACUGGUGGAUAUCAUCGUAGUGCGACUGAAAAUAGUGCUGAAUUGUAUGAUCCAUCAACAGGACGUUGGACAAUUAUUGAUAGCAUGAAUGAUGCACGACAUAAUCAUCAAGCAUCGCUAUUAACUAAUGGAAAAGUAUUAAUUACGGGUGGUUAUGGUGCGCAUAUUUUAAAUAGUACGGAGCUGUACGAUCUAGCAACAGGAAUUUGGAUCAAUGGUGGCAACAUGAAUAAUGCACGAGAUUAUCAUACUGCAACCAUAUUAACAAAUGGAAAAGUGAUAGUUACAGGCGGAGAUCGUGGUAGCACUUCUCUAAAUUCUACCGAACUAUACGAUCCAUCAACAGUAUUAGUGGUAUAA